AUGGUACUUGGUUCAAUUGUGUAUUCGAUAGUUUUCAUCACGGUGAUCACUUUUGGCGCCAAACAAUGCGGUUCGCCAGUUCAUCAAAUCAAGUCAAUGGAGCCCUCAUUCGGCGGAUGUGACGGAUUCUAUGGUAUCGGCAAGGGGUUGGCCGACGGAUUUCAGCCGGAGCCCGACUCCAAAACUUAUGAUGACCUUGCCGGUAUGAUAUUCGGAAAGUUGAAUCCUGGAGACGUGAUCAAGUCAAUGUUUUUGGGACAAAUCAUGACUAUCCUAUUCUGGAGUAUUGGUAUCAUUUGUGUACUGGUUGCACUGGUACUCGGAAUUGUUGUGUGUAUAUGGUCGUGUUGCUCGACGUGUGUGCCCAAGGAUACGAAAGUCCGUUCCGAAGUCACCGGUUACCUCUUCGCCUUCUCGCUCGCCUCCAUUUUCAUCUUCGCCCUCACCGGUCUCGUCUUUUUCAAUUUCGCCGAAACUGACCUCAUCGACUCUGUGGAUAACACUUUGACUUAUGCCAAUCAAAUUUCUGGAGAUCUCAACACUGUUAUUGGUGGAGGAACUCAACAAAUCACAUGUGAGGUGAAGUCGACGACAACGAAAACGUUUGCGGACAUGGAAAAGUUGAUUCGGAAUUAUGCGACGAUUGUUGUGGACGGGACGAAGAAACGAGUGGGACUCACGGAAGUGAAUGAUUUCAAUGACCAAGAAUUCGAGGAGGCCAACACGGCGACCUCCACAGCUGCACAGAAUCUCCAAAACUUUUGGAACACUCCCCAGAUUCCACCUCUAGUGGCGUCUAUCUGUGACAUCAAUUCAAAAACACUAAAGAACCAGUUGAAUAGUGUCAUUGCGACGGUUCAAGGACUUACAACAGCCGCUAAAACUAUCCGAAAUACCAAAGAACUCAAAGAUAUCAAUGCACAAAUCAAGACGAUCAAGGAGAAGAUUCAAGAUCAGUCUGCAAAGGCGACGAGCUCUAUGAAAAACACGCAGGCGAAGAUUGAUCAGUCGAUGAGCUCGAUUACGGAUAUGUUGACGAAGUUGCAGAAGGACAUCGAUGCGAUUAUGACUUCGUUGAAGACGAUGCAUAAGAAUUUUGUGGACUCCGGAUCCUGGACCUCAAUGACACUUGGCCUCCGUAUCGGUGUCAUUAUUCCGGCAAUCACUGGUCUCGUUUUCUGUAUAAUUGCAUUUGUGGCCGUGGCAUUAUCGCUUAAGAAACAAGAUGGGUUCGCCCAAAAACUGUCGGGUACCGUACUCAGUGGUGUCUCCUCUCUGGUCACUGCAUCUAUCACUCUUAUGGUCAUCGCCAUUAUUACAUUUGUCCUAGGAUGGGGCGUGUCCGCAGUGUGUGUUCCAGUUUUUGAGACACCCGGCUAUCAACUUUUCCAUCGAAUCAAACAAGAGGUCGCACCGGUUGGCAAUGGGACACCAGUUGUUGUCAAUGUUGGAAAAAUUCUGGAACAAUGCAGUAGUGACACGAUGACACUGUACAAGGCUAUCGAUGGGAAGACUAUAAUUUCGAAGGAAUCGAUUAUCGACCAACUGAAACUCGACUCGUACCGACAACAAGCUAAUGGAGAGAUUAUGAAACAACCGAAUUUGACGUUCCCCGUGAAUAAGAAUUAUGAGGACUACAUCACCAAAUUGAACGGAUACACGUCUGAGGCAAAGGGAGCGAAUUUGGAGGACUGUAAUGAUGCCUCUCUCAACAACCUCUACACCGCAUAUAUCACUGCACUCGAAAAAUCGAAUGAACUUGCCAAAAAAUUCCAGAAAAAUUUGAAUGCGUUGAGCGAGAACUCACCGAAAACGACUGCAAUUGCUACGGAGCUCAACGACAAUUAUUUCAAGAAGGGGGACGCAUCGAUUAAUGAGGCUAUCACUAAAUUGAUGACAGAUAUGGAACAAAAGGUGUUCAUAUGCCGUCCGCUCGUCGAGAUCUUCAAAAAUGGAGGACUUUUGAUGUGUGAGAGAUUCGGGCGGCCAAUUCAGGGAUUGUGGGCUGGCGUCGGGUUGACCGCGCUUUUCUGUUUCUUCUUGUGCAUUUUAUUGUUGUUCACAUUCCGUUGGUUGAAAACGAAUAGCAAGGAGACGGUGGGAAGUGCGAAAGGAAGUUUUAAGAACGGUCUGGAAGCCAACGACGCGGAUUUCAAAAAAGGUGACAAGAAGAAGAAUGGAAAGAAGCCUUCAAACAAGAGUGGAUCAUCUGAAGAGUAA